UGAAAACUCAACUUUCUUUGUUUCUUUCACCCUUUUCAUUUCCUUAUUCUUUCUGUCUUUUUCUGGGCUUAAACUUCACUGACUUGAUCUGCAAGAACAACUUUUGCAUCCCAAAACUCAUCACUCAUCAGCUGUAUCUGUAUGAAUUCAAAAGGGGCACUCAAUUUCACCUGGUAAUUUUCAUUGUUCAACAUCAAUGAGGUAGCACCUUAAAUUCUCAAAUACUAUUAAUUCAAUUUGUUUGUACAAUCUUUGUAAGAAUUAAUAAAAUGUCGAAACCCCCACAAAAGAUCAUCAGAAGUCUUCUUAAAUUACACUUUAAUGUUACACAGAUUUCUUCUUCAACCCCAAAACCCUCAGUUCAAAAUGUACGAAGAUUUUCCACUAAUUUCUCAAAUGGGUUCUCAAAUUCAGCUUCUAAAGCUCACCUAAAUCCUUGUUUUCCACCUUCAAUUUCAAGACCCAUUUCACCAAAUGUUGGUUUAUGCUCUAAAUUUAGCUCUUGCAAGUCAUCUUUUGGGGUUUAUAUUAGGAAUUAUUCAGCAGGAGAUGUUAAGGCGAAUGAUCUUUCUGCAAAAUUGCUGUUUAACCCAUUAAGGAUUAGGCAGUUUUCCACCAGGAUGCCAAGUUUUGGGGCCAAGAUGAAUGCUGGUAAAAUGAACACCAAUGUGGCUAAGAAAGUGGUUGAGAAGCCCUUAUCUGCUAUAAGCUCAACGUUUUCGCGGUACAAGGGAGCAAUUGGACUGCAAAUUGAGGGGUUCUGGAAGAGGAACUUCUUGAUUGUGGUAGGGGCAGCAGGGGUUGUAGUUUGCAUUAUGCUGUGGAGAAUAAUGUUUGGGAUUGCCAAUACUUUUGUUGGAUUGUCUGAAGGCAUGGCGAAGUACGGAUUCCUUGCUCUUUCCAGUGCCAUAGUUGCCUUUGCUGGCCUCUAUCUUCGUUCAAGAUAUACAAUCAACCCAGAUAAAGUUUAUAGGAUGGCCAUGAAGGAGCUCAAUACAUCUGCUGGCAUUCUUGAAGUUAUGGGUGCUCCUCUUGCUGGAACGGACUUGAGAGCAUAUGUGAUGUCAGGAGGUGGGCUUACAAUGUCCAAAUUGAAACCUAGGCUGAGGAGUAAGCGUUGUUUUCUUAUCUUCCCAAUACGAGGCCCUGAAAGGAAAGGGUUAGUGAGCGUUCAAGUCAAGAAGAAAGAUGGCAAGUAUGACUGCAAGUUACUAGCUGUGGACAUUCCGAUGGCAGAGGGACCAGAUCAACGUUUAUUCCUGAUCGGGGAUGAAGAAGAGUACAAACUUGGCGGAGGACUAAUUGGGGAGUUAAGAGAUCCUGUAGUUAGAGCAAUGGCUGCAUCUAAAGAGUUGGAUGAGAGAGAUGACAUUGAGGCCGAGGAAGAUGAGGAAAGAGAACAACAGGAAGCCGAAAGGAAGCACCAUGAAGAGGUAGCAAGGCUUGAGAAAGAGAGAGUCCGUUGAAUGGUAAAUCGUUCAAUUUUCCAUAAGAAUAAGAAACAGCUUCCUAUGUGUUUUAAGCUUUUUCAGGAAACUGCACACAGAAGAAAGGAAAGCAAAUGAAUUUGUAAUGUAAAUGUUGAACAUGGGUUGUCCUUGAACUUGUGCGUACUUUUCUUGGGGAAUGAUUCUAUGGAUUCUUUGGCUUGUGAGGCAGACCAUUUUCUUAAGCAGCCAUAACUCCCAGGUGUAUACAACAUUACAACUGAGACAAAAUGGUGGGGUUGAACUUUCUAGUGUUUUCUUCCCACCUGUUGGUUUGAAUGACAAAAUGUUAUUUUCUA